AUGUAGUAACUAGCUUUGGGUGUCAUCCAGUGUGAUCCAUGUGCCAAAUGAUCCUUAUAGACAAAAGAACUAUAUUUACCCGUAUACAAAGACAAUUGAUAAAUAAUAAAAAGAUACAAAGAUAUACAUUCAAAUUUCAAACGUUAUUUUAAGAAAUAAAUAAGGUACCUAAAAUAUAUGUACGUAAUGAGUGAAGAACACAAUAAGCUCCCAAAAUCAGUUUUAAGUUAUUACGUGCAACUUUACUGUAAAAAAAGAAACAUCAAUAAAAAUAUAAGCAAACGUAAAAGUUUGGUAGCAGAAGCAACAAGAUCAUGGUUAAAUCUAAGUUUUUCUAAGCGAAAAAUAUUGACAAUGAAGUAUGAAAAUUGUUACCUAAAAUUACGAAAGCGGUUUGCUGAUAAAUUGCGAAAUACCAUACCAUUUUCAAACAAAAAUCAAAUACCCGAAACAAAAAUAGAUUGUAUCAGUAGAACACACUCUGUAGAUGAUGUAUGCAAUAUUACCUCACAAAUGUCAGAAAAUGAAAACAACCAAAGCAUUCAUGAAAGCAACCAGAGCAUAUGUUCUGUAGAUCAUCAGCAACGAGAUGACGAAAAAAAUGAAUCACAAUGGCCUAAUGUAUCAAUUCUUAAACCAUGUCCACCUCAAUUCAGAACUACAAAGGAGCUUUAUUAUAUAAUAAAUAAAAAUACUGAAGACCUAGAACCCUGGGAGAGAUUAACAGUAACACAGAGAUCAAAAUAUUCAGAUGCUGCAACUCGUAUUAAGAGACUAUACCUUAUGGAAUACACAAAUUAUUUAGAAAAUCUAUCUACUGAAGACCUUUACACACUUUAUAAAAAUGUGAAUGAUACAUAAAUGUAUAAUUAUUUUUGCAGUAACA